UGUCCUGAGCUGCUCAGAGCCGGGCGGCGCAGCCCAGGGCAGACGCUGCGACGAUUGCAAAGCUUCCGAUGGAAAUUCGGCGCUGGGCGACCCCAGCAGGAGCCUGUUGCCAUUGUGUUUUUAAAGCAUGCAAGGUCUGUAUAGCUUGGGCAUGAAAACCUUUCAGAAGAUGUCAGAGCAUCAGACUAAAUGACACCUAUUGAGGAAUUGAAUUGGGGUAAGAAAAGAGAGAGAGAAAGGAAAGAAAGAGGGGGAAGGAAUUCUUAGACAACGUCGGACUUGCGGCUGUAAUACUCAUUUUCUUUCCAAGGCAAAAUAUGAGAAGCCCGCACAUGGCUUUGGUAACAACAAAUUAAAGGGGUUUCUGCAGUAAAAGGAUCAAUAGCUUAGUCAUUUUACUUCAAGAAAGCAGACAGCCGUAUUAUGGGGCUAGGCAGCAGAAAUGAAUUUCCUCGUGGCAUCUUCUGAAGUCAUGAAGGUAGCUAAUGGUAAUCCUGUCCUGCAAAGCAGAAAUCGCUCACCGCCUUCCUACUUCUGCAGUUGAGAACCAGGAAUUUUGAGAUUCGGGAAGAAGUUGGCUCUGGUUAUACAUGGUUUCUAGGUCCUCUACCCAGGUCUUUGUCCGACAAGUCUCAGAAGGCAGCGCUGUAUUAAAGUGACCACUCAUAGAAUAUGAGCCUAAGAAAGAAGAAAAAGCAAUAUUCAUUCCCAAAGGACAGCAUGGCCAAGCAACCUGAAGUUUUCCUUUUCCCUUCUAGCACUUCUUUAACAAGGAUAACAAGAAACUGUCUUUUGACUCCUUUUUUCCCACAUUCCAGAGUCCUUCCUGGGAGGAUGCACUAAUUCACACUCUAGGCAGUUGGAUUUUACCAGGACACUGUUUGCCACCAUUUAGGAUCAGCGACUGAACUGGUUAUUGAAGUGUGUUCACUAACUAGUGGGACCUGAAUGAAUGGACCCAUACCUGCAGUGUUCUGUGAUGUUUCUUUCUUCAAAUCCUGGAAGGGCUUUUCUUGCUAUUUGGGAUUUCUUUGUGGGGAGGGGGGAUUUUUUUGGAAUUCAAUACUUGUUGCAAUAAUUGCCCAUGGUAGCUGCUCAAACAAGAGAGUUGGGAUUCAUCUGUGAGAAUCACUCCAUGUAACAUACGAGACGAGGAGAAAUAUUAAUGACGGAAGAUCUGCAAACAUGAUGCACGUGAAUAAUUUUCCCUUUAGAAGGCAUUCCUGGAUAUGUUUUGAUGUGGACAAUGGCACGUCAGCGGGACGGAGUCCCCUGGAUCCCAUGACCAGCCCGGGAUCUGGGCUAAUUCUCCAAGCAAACUUCGUCCACAGUCAGCGUCGGGAGUCCUUCCUGUAUCGAUCCGACAGCGACUAUGACCUGUCUCCAAAGUCUAUGUCCCGGAACUCCUCCAUUGCCAGUGAUAUACAUGGAGAUGACUUGAUUGUGACUCCAUUUGCUCAGGUCUUGGCUAGCCUGCGAACUGUACGAAACAACUUUGCUGCAUUAACUAAUUUGCAAGAUCGGGCACCUAGCAAAAGAUCACCCAUGUGCAACCAGCCACCCAUCAACAAAGCCACCAUAACAGAGGAGGCCUACCAGAAACUGGCCAGCGAGACCCUGGAGGAGCUGGACUGGUGUCUGGACCAGCUAGAGACCCUGCAGACCAGGCACUCUGUCAGUGAGAUGGCCUCCAACAAGUUUAAAAGGAUGCUGAAUCGGGAGCUCACCCAUCUCUCUGAAAUGAGUCGGUCUGGAAAUCAAGUGUCAGAGUACAUAUCAAACACAUUCUUAGAUAAGCAACAUGAAGUGGAAAUUCCUUCUCCAUCUCAGAAGGAAAAGGAGAAAAAGAAAAGGCCAAUGUCUCAAAUCAGUGGGGUCAAGAAGUUGAUGCACAGCUCCAGUUUGACUAAUUCAAGCAUCCCAAGGUUUGGGGUUAAAACUGAACAAGAAGAUGUCCUUGCCAAGGAACUAGAAGAUGUGAACAAAUGGGGUCUUCAUGUCUUCAGAAUAGCAGAGUUGUCUGGUAACCGGCCUUUGACUGUUAUCAUGCACACCAUUUUUCAGGAACGGGAUUUAUUAAAAACAUUUAAAAUUCCAGUAGACACCUUAAUCACAUACCUUAUGACCCUGGAAGACCACUAUCAUGCUGAUGUGGCCUACCACAACAACAUUCAUGCUGCAGACGUCGUCCAAUCAACGCACGUGCUGUUAUCUACACCUGCCUUGGAGGCUGUGUUUACAGAUUUGGAGAUUCUUGCAGCAAUUUUUGCCAGUGCAAUACAUGAUGUAGAUCAUCCUGGUGUGUCAAAUCAGUUUCUGAUCAAUACAAACUCUGAACUUGCCUUGAUGUACAAUGAUUCUUCUGUCUUGGAGAACCAUCAUUUGGCUGUGGGCUUUAAGUUGCUUCAGGAAGAAAACUGUGACAUUUUCCAGAAUUUAACCAAAAAGCAAAGACAGUCAUUAAGGAAAAUGGUCAUUGACAUUGUACUUGCAACAGACAUGUCAAAACACAUGAAUCUACUGGCUGAUUUGAAAACAAUGGUUGAGACUAAGAAAGUGACAAGUUCUGGAGUUCUUCUUCUUGAUAAUUAUUCUGAUAGGAUUCAGGUCCUUCAGAAUAUGGUGCACUGUGCAGACCUGAGCAAUCCAACAAAACCUCUCCAGCUGUAUCGCCAGUGGACUGACCGCAUCAUGGAGGAAUUCUUCCGCCAGGGGGACCGUGAGAGGGAGCGGGGCAUGGAGAUAAGUCCUAUGUGUGACAAGCACAAUGCAUCCGUGGAGAAAUCACAGGUGGGCUUCAUAGAUUAUAUUGUUCAUCCUCUCUGGGAGACAUGGGCGGACCUCGUGCAUCCUGAUGCCCAGGACAUUUUGGACACUUUGGAGGACAAUCGUGAAUGGUACCAGAGCACAAUUCCUCAGAGCCCGUCCCCAGCGCCUGAUGACCAGGAGGAGGGCCGGCAGGGUCAAGCCGAGAAGUUCCAGUUUGAACUAACUUUAGAAGAAGAUGGCGAGUCGGACACCGAAAAGGACAGUGGAAGUCAGGUGGAAGAAGACACUAGCUGCAGUGACUCCAAGACUCUCUGUACUCAAGAUUCGGAGUCUACUGAAAUCCCCCUGGAUGAACAAGUGGAGGGAGAGGCAGUAGGGGAAGAAGAGGAGAACCAGCCCGAAGCCUGUGUAAUAGAUCAUUCUCCUGACACGUAACAGUGCAAAGACUUUCACACCUUUUUUUUUUUUUUAAGUAGAAAAAUUGUU